CGCGCGCAGCUCAGGGAAGGUUAGCAACAUUUUAAAAGUCUACUACCCGCCAUGAAAAGGAAGAGUAUUCCGGGCUACUUUGUUGGGACCCCAGCAAAAUGUGAAGUGAUUGAAGAUUGUCCCUCAACGUCAAGGGAAUCAUCAAGCAAACCAGAUGGAAUUCCAACUCCUGACAAUAAUCCAGGUAUGGCGCUUGAAAAUCCGUCGACCAGCGAGUCAAGACCUUGCGUUUCUGCCUCUGCAGUUAAUGAGAGCGCCUGGCCCACUUGCUGGACUGUGGAGCAGAAGAACGAACAUCUCCAAAAAAACGAGUGGAUGUUUUUCAAUGGUGGCAAGUUAGGUUGCUCAGUGUGUAAAAAUGUUGGCGGCUUAGGGACAAAGAAGAGGACUGUGGGCACGCGUCUCUCUAAAGAGUGGAUACAUGGCGAGGUGUCAUUUAACGGAAAAUUGAGGCGACAGCAGCUAACAUCUCUCAGGAAAAAGAUUUUUGAACAUAGAGAGAGUUUAGGCCAUAAAGCUGCAGUCAAAAUCACAGCCGAAGCCAGGGACGGAACCCUGGAAACAGGAGAGUCCCAAGAAAGAGAGAUGGAAAUCACCAAAAAAAUAUUCCUUACAGCAUAUAAUGUGGCUAGAGAGAACCGGUCUUUUAAUGAUUUUGUGGCUGACAUUGAUUUGCAAGAAUUAAGCGGUGCUGAUGUUGGGAGGAUUUUGCACUCGGCGACUUCUUGUGCACAUAUUGUGGGCCACAUUGGCAGCGAGAUGAGAAUCGCACUGAGCAAGAAGAUUACUGAUUCCAAGAGUAAAAUUUCAUUGAUACUUGAUGAAUCUACGACGGUGAGUCAGAAGCCCGUACUGAUGGUGUAUAUUCGCACCUACAUUGAAGAGGUGGACGUGGAGGACCCUAUGAAUUACUUCAUUGGCUUGGUAGAGCUGGACGAUGGGACAGCAGAUGGAAUAUUCAAAAGUUUGAUGUCUACCCUUGAGUCAGUAAGGCUCACUGAGGAAGUCUUAAAGGAGAGUUUGGUUUCGUUGACUUGUGACGGGGUUGUAGGGAUAAUAGGAUCCUGUGGAGGAAUUCCAAAACUCUUCAAAGACAGAUUCCCUUCCAUUAUUGUAUGGCCUUGUGCUAGCCACAGGCUGGAAUCAUCAGUCCACGAUGUCGUGAAAGAGGUGUGGGGCAUCAACAGAUUUCACAGUUUUAUCGACGAGUUAUAUGUCACGUACCAUUCCUCUCCAGAAAAUGCGAGGGAGCUCAGGUCAUGUGCGGCCGCGUUAGAGAUGGAGAUUUUGAAAAUCGGAAAGAUCCUGUCCACGGGAUGGGUGGCCUCUCGUUACAGAACCGUUAUGGCUGUCUGGAAGGAUUACGAAGCCCUCGUGCUUCAUUUUGAAAAAGCUAAAGCUGAGAGUGGUCGAGAUCGAAAGGAGAGGAACGCCUACGAAAGCCUUCAGGAAAACAUCACGUCAGCAGAAUUCGUUUUGGAUCUCGGAUUACUUUGUGACGCUUUGCAGGAGCUCUCGGAAUUAAAUGUAGCCUUGCAGGAGAGGCAUAUCGAUCUGUACCGAGCCCAUGGCAAGAUCGAGAGUCUUGUUGAAAUAUGCGGGAAGAGAGGCACUGUUUCAGGUCCUUACUAUCGAGAAGCACUUGAGGCAACAGCAAAACUGCAGUUUAAGGGUGUCCGGUUGCAUACGAGAAAUAGAAUUCACGUCCCAGCAAUCUACCCAGUGGCAUUCUAUGAGCAGCUUCAAAAAUCUCUUCAAAAAAGACUGCUUUCGAGAGAAGACAUUGACUUCUUAAGAUGCGAAAGAGUUCUGGAGUCUAAGAAUUGGCCAGCAAGCUCCAGUGACCGCAUUCUCUAUGGGGAAGCAGAAAUAAGCUCAUUGGCGAGAAGGUUUCAGCUCAGUGAGAGAGAAGCCAUCCGGGCCUUCCGAGAGCAUCUAAAAUACAGAGAAGAAAUGCCCAAGGAACUGUCUCUGAUCCGCCGCAUUCUCAAUACAGUUGCCAUUUCCUCCAGUGAGUGUGAAAGGGGCCUUUCCCAGAUGAACCUGAUUGUCACUCCCGAAAGGGCCUCCUUGAAAGUCAAAACCAUCACAUCCUUAUUGUUCAUAAGACUUGUUGGACCUCCUCUAAGCGUCUUCGAUCCAACAAAGUUUGUGAAGACGUGGUUGCUUCAAGGUCGCCGGUCGGCUGUGGACACCCAAAGCAAGGCCCGAAAAAAGCCAGAGGAUUCUGGCGACAGGAUUCAACUUUGGAAAGCCCUAUACGGCUGA